AGAAGUAGACGACGAAGUAUUUGUUUAAGAAAUACUUGGAUGCUGUUAGCACAGAGACAAAUUGCAAGCAAAAAAUGUCGUGCAUUGAGGGGAAAUGGUUUCGUGAAAUGAACGAGAUGUGGUCUGGAUAUUGUGUGUCUUUGCAAAUAGAACAAAUUUUGCACCAAGAAAAAUCUAAAUUUCAAGAGAUCCUCGUGUUUAAAAGCAAAUCAUUUGGGAAUGUGCUGGUCCUUGACGGUAUUAUUCAGUGUACGGAGAGAGAUGAGCAUGCCUACCAGGAGAUGAUAGCCCACCUGCCCCUGUCCUGCCAUGAAAACCCUCAGCAGGUGCUUGUUGUGGGAGGUGGAGAUGGAGGUGUAGUCCGGGAGGUUCUGAAAAAUACAAGUGUCCAGAAGGUCAUUUUGUGUGAAAUAGAUGAGCGGGUUAUUGAAGUAUGUAAGAAGCAUCUUCCCUCCAUGGCUUCCUGUCUCAGUGAUCCCAGAGUGACCGUGUUUGUGGGAGAUGGAAUUAAGUAUAUGAAGGAACACAAGGGACAGUUUGAUGUCAUCAUCACUGAUGCACCAGAUCCUAUUGGUGCAGCAGCCGGGCUCUAUGAGGAGUCGUAUUAUGCUAGUAUGAAGGCAGCUCUACGUACCAAUGGAAUCAUCUGCUGUCAAGGGGAGAAUCUGUACCUUGAUCUACCAUUGAUUAAGAAGCUGAUGGGAAUUUGUAGACAGACUUUCCAAGCUGUGGGAUAUGCCUACACUCUGAUUCCCACAUACACUGGUGGCCAUAUUGGAUUUGUUCUUUCCAGCACCAGUCCGGAUGUUAAAUUUAAUGAACCAAGAAGAAUUUACAAUGAGAGUGAGAUCAAGAAGAUGAAAAUGAAGUAUUACAACUCAGAAAUUCAUAAGGCAUCGUUCGUGAUUCCACAAUUUGCUAAGGAGGCCCUGGAACAGGUCUCCAAUGGAGUUUCUGACACAUGAUCAGCUGUUUUAACCUGAGUUGCCACUGCACUGAUUACUGCGUAAUCUGUAUGACCUUCUUGCACUCUUCCUGCACUCCAGUAAUGAUGUGUAUAGACAGAUGAAUUUCAAUAUGCAGAUGUGAUGAUCAAGAGUUCAGAUCCUUGGUUUUUGCCUUGGCCAGUUUUCCUGAAUAUUUAGAGAUUUUUUUUUACUAUAGGAAAGUUUUAGAGUAGCUUUUAUGCUAGUAUACAGUUUGAAUAAAUACUCAGUCUAUGUAGGAAAUAUGGAUAUUUUAAUCAUAGCAUUAUUUUAUGUUAAAUUUUACAACUUUGAAUUAGUCAGAACACAAACUUUAUAUUGCAUCUUUUAAAGGUUUGAAACCACAUAACCUGUCCUUUUCUACCGACAGAAUGUAAUUUUAAUCAUUUCACCAAAUAUUGAGUCAGUCUGAAUUUCAACAAAUUAAGCAAAGGUAUAAUAGUUUCAGUUCAAAAGGAUUCGAAUGAUUUCUAAAAAAUAUAGCUUCUAAAAGAAGCUUAACUGCUUCUGAAUGGAAGUUUUGGCCUCAAAAAUAAAAUCCAUUGACUGCUUUAAUGUUUGUUUAUAUUGAUACACACAACAUGGAAAAAAAAUGAAAUUAAACCCCCCCCCCCAAAAAAAAACUAGGGUCUCUGUACAAAAGAGAAGCCAUCUUUGUCCUUCACUGUAGUUCUGCAUGAAUCAUUAGCGUAUUGUUUAGCCUAAAGUGUUUGUUCCAUUCUUACUUGUCUUUCACAAUUCCUGGAAAUAAAUCCAUUUCAAAAUCACAUCACUGUACAAUUGUCUUCUACAUUGUUUUGUUGUUGAUCAUAUUUACUCAAAAGAAAAAGAAAUUUCUGGAAUACAAACAUUUCAACAUUAAAAUCAUGAAUCUUAAGCUCCUAAAAAGAGUUUUAUAAGUACCAAAAUGGAUUUUUCAUCAACAAAGAAAAUAUUUGUCAAGAAAUCAGAUGAAUAGGACAGACUGGGUAAAUCAGUGGUGUACUGGUUGGAGUAUUCUAUUGCUAAGUGAUAUUGUACUAUGGACCCGGUUUAAAUUAACAGAUCCACUUCAAUUAAUUGCUAUAUUGCCACUAUAUUGGACAUAUUCAAGUGUGUUGAGGUCUUGUCCCAAAACACAGUUAUAUUAUUUUAACUCAUGGUAUAUUGGCUACCUUGAUGGGCAUAUCGGUACAUUAUUUUUAAGCCCUGCAUCUUGUAAUGUUCUUUGUUUUCUGCAGUAAAAAAUAGGUAAGUUAAGAUUUUUUUUCAGUGUAAAAAAAAAAAACGAUUGAUGAAGACAUUUUUUUAUAUAUAGAUAUAAAAAGUGAAAAUCUCACUAGAUUCUUUUUUGUAAUAUUGAUGCUUUUUGGUACUUUAUAAUGUUUUCAGUAUGAUCAUGUGUUCUCUCUACAAUAGGGCUGCCAUGUAGAACAAUGCAAUUAUUAAUAUUUCUUUGUUAUAAUAACAUUCCCAGAUUUUAUGUUAUGCUUUAAAUUCUAAGCUUUUUCUUUAAAAUCAGCAUGCUUUGUUCAUGAUUGUUUCCUCUUAAAAAUGUAACCGAAUUCAAUUGAGUUCAAUUUUAUUUUACGAGAUACAAGUCUAUUUUAUUAUCAUUCAUAUUUUAUGUACUAUAAUAUAGACUUGACAGUUGUUUUAGAUGGAUAUAUUGCUUGGACAGUUAUAAGAUAAAUACCAAAUCAGUUGUAUAUUUUUACAUAUCUAUAUGAGUUAGUUUAAUGGAGAUUUGAAUAUAAAGACUCUCACAUGCUGUUUUUCUGUAGUAUCCUAUGUCAGUCUGAAGUCACCCUCCAGGUUUUAAGGUUAAUGUCCAGUUUAUAUUGAAGAGUGUUAUGAGAUGCAAAGUAAAAAUUGAAUAUCAUGUUAAUAAUGUUCUGAUUUUUUUAUUAUAUGGCAAGAAAAAAUAAAUUUAAAAAAAAUUUAGGAAAACAGAAAUUUUUGAUGACACAACAUUUUAUCAUUUUUUAUUUGUUUUGGAUAGAAUUUUUAGAAAAUUGUCAUUGAUGCUGGAAAUGGCUAAGAAGUCAUGUGAUAUAGCACUUAAGAGGCAAGUGAUAGAUGAUUUAUAUUGGAUGAGACAACAUUUUAUAUGUGACUUGUUCACAUGCACUGUAGUAAAAAAAGAAAUAGGAAUUGAUGUAAUGUAUGUGUGAUUCAAAAAAUUAUUUAAAAAUAUCCAGAAAAAGUAUCUUUUAAAAGUAUUUCAUGUAUUUUGCAGUAAUUCAAAGAAUUAAUUAGGUCAAAGGUCACAUAGGAAAAGUUCAAGUCAGUAAUUCAGUGCUUCUGUUCUCAGAUUGCUUUGUAAUUCUCUAGAAAUAUUGAAACUUUAAGGCACUUAAAAUUUGCAUAGAUUUCUAUAAUUUUGGGGGGAGAAUAUUUUUUAAUGACUACUGUUUGAAUUAUUAUCUCCCUUAAUUUUUAAAAGUAAUUAUUGUUUUAACUUACAUGUAUUGGACACACAUAAACCCUGGCUUUCUCAAACAUUGAAGAGAGCAUUAUUGAUUGUGUUUAUAUAGCAGAUAUAUAUAUCUAUAUAUUCAUUGCGUUCAUUAAAAAAAUAUUUGAGGAAAGGAACAUUUGUCUCUUUUUAUUUCCUCUGAUUUGCCAGUAAUUAGAAAAGAUUUGAAAUGGUAAAAAAAAAAAUAUGUUACUUUUGGCAAUUGCAGCACUCUAGGACACCUUAACAUCAAUUUGUGGUGGGUUUCUUUUUUUUUUUUUUGAUUAUAAAAAAUCUUGUCUUCAUGUAUAUUUUUCAGAAUUAUCAUAAUAAAUGAGGAAUCAUAUGUUAUAAGUUUAAUUCUUUUUUAAUCUUUCACUUCAUCUUCCACAUUGUGGAGAAAAUAUGCUAUAUAUACCAAAUGCUGAAUGAGUUUUCACUCUGUGUAUUGAAAUUUAGUUUGGUUGUUGUGCAAUAUAUAUAUCUUCUCUGGCAACUUAGUAUACAAUCCAGUGACCUUGUGAUAGAUACUAAUUUUUACUAGUGCUAUCUUUAGAAUUCUUCUGAUUGUUUGCUCACCAUCCAAUAUACUUGCCUGUUAGUUCUUUUCAGGUAGUGGACAAUAUUUUUGUUAGUGAUUGAUGAUAUAUUGUGAUUCUAUCUUUUCCUUUGUUAGAUUAAGUUUGGUCUAUGAAUUUUAUUAAUGCAAUAAAUAUACUAUGAUUUG